AUGAGCGACACUGAAACAUUUACAGUAAGUUUUGACGAAAAAAAACCGGAAAAAGAUUUGAAUCUUCUCGCCGAUUUUUCGACAGCUUGCUUGGUUUUGAGGUCACAGAUUUCGAUCUGAUCUAAGAUGUUUUUCGCCUCACUUUUUUUUCCCGAUGUUGUUUUUAUUUAUAUAUUUAUAUGGGUGUUCGUUUUGGUUUAGGCUUAUUCGGCCUGAAAAGAGGCCCAUAUAGGUUUAGGCUUUGGGAUAGGCUUGAACUUAGCUUGUAGCCCCGGAGUUAAGUUUAGACCUUACUCUAGGCUUAUUCACAGACCUAACCAUAGGUCGUAAGCCUUUAUCGUAGGCUUAGGUUUGUCUAUAGGCUUAAUUAUAGGCAUAGCUAUAGGCUUAGGCUUGACAUAUGGCUUCUCUAUAGGCUUGGGCUUAGCCAUAGGUCUAACUAUAGGCUUAGGCUUUUUCGUAGGGAUAAUUAUAGGCCUAAGCUCAACCAUAGAUCUAACUGUAGGCUUAGGCUUCUCCAGAAGCCUUGGGGGCUCAGCCAUAAGCCUAACAGGCCAAACCCGUUUUCCAGGCCCAAGACUUCAAUCUUGACGAGUUGCGAAGACUCGAAGAAUCGGCGCGAACCGCCGAAAGCAUCUCAAACACCAGACUCGACGAGGAAAUGGGCAAACGAGCCAAAGCGCGAAAACGAGCCGCGAGACAAGCGGCGGAGCUCACGGAUUCAUCCGCAAGCUCGGUUGCCGCACCUUCCGCUUUGGAUGAAACGGAUUGCGAGAUUCCGGAAGCGGAAGAGAAGCAGGUUUCGCCGUCGAGAAUUCCGGUUUUGCAGAAAGGUGAGCAAUUUGGGCUCGAAAUUCCACGUGGAUUUCAGAUUUUUCAGAAACUUUGUGAAAUUGGAGCAUUUUGAGUACAAAAAAUGUCAUGUUUAAGCUCAAAAUGCUCCAAAUUCCACGUGGCAUCUGAAAAUUUCGAUUUUGGUCCGAAACUAGUCAUGUUCGGGCUCAAAAUGCUCCAAAUUUUUGCAGGAACUCGUUCCUCAUCAUCCGUCACCGGUUCUCUCGCCACCACUACAAAUCUAUCCAACUACACUUCACGCAUCCCACGUCCAAAAGCCAAACUCAUCUAUUUGCCACGUGGCAAUUUGGAGCAAUUAUUAUCGGACACCGAGUCCAAUUGUACACUUUCGAGUUAUACUGGAAAUGAGCCGGUGAGUUUUUUUUGUGAGCUGAGCUCAAAAUGCUCCAAAUUUUGCGCAUUUUCAGUCGCUCGCCACUUCAGAAAUGGUUUCGCCCGGAGAAAAUCACACUUGCCGAGAUCAUAUUCCACCUCUACAACAUUGCGAUAUUUCUACUGUGAGUUCAGAAUCCACAUGGCAUUUUGAGCCCAAACACGAAGGUUUUUGUGCUCAAAAUGCUCCGAAUUCCACGUGGAUCUCAGAUUUUUCAUUUUCAGCAGAGAAUUUGGAGCAUUUUGCGCCCGAAAUUUGAAAUUUUCAACAAAAAUUGCAUUUUUCAUUAGAGCUCAUUCAGAAAAAUUAUAGAAUUUUUCAUUACAAAAUGUGAUUCUCAACAGAGCGUACUUGCUAUUUUUCAUAAUUCGAACCAAAAAACAAAAAAACGAGCAAGUUUGAGCUCAAAAUGCUCCAAAUUCCACGUGGAAUCUGGAAAUUCUAAUUUCAGCCAGGUUUCUGGAGCAUUUUGAGCCAGAAGCCCUCAUAUUUGGACUCAAAGUUCAGGUUUUUGGUUCGAAAUAUAGAAAAUAGCACUCUAUUGAGAAUCACGCUUUGUAAUAAAAAAUUCUGAAAUUUUUCUAAAUGCGCUCUAUUGAAAAAUACAAUUUUUGAUGAAAAUUUCGAAUUUUCGAGAUUCAAAAUAGCUCAAAAUGCUCCAAAAAUUGAGCUCUUCAGAAAAAUGCACACGAAUUUUAAUGAAAAUCUAAUCCUUCCAGAUGUCUGAAUCGCUAACCGAACAAAAUUCAUUGGAACAACCCGAACAAUUGACAGUUUUGGCUGAAGGUGGCGGUGUUCAAGUUCAACUAAAUCUAUCCGCUCUGAUUUCUGGUAUGAAUAUGGAGGUGGCCGGGAUCAAAAUUGUAUAA